CCAUUUAAUUUCACUUUCAUCAGUGCACAUUAUCUUUAAAAACCGCUGAAAGCGUUUUUUAAGUGUUGUUGUUUUUAAGCCCCGCCCUUACUGAUGCUGGAUGCAGUGAGGAUGAAGGACGCCUGCCGGAUCUGUGCCCGCGAGCUCUGCGGGAACCAGCGGCGAUGGCUUUUCCACCCGUCGGCAAAGUUGAACCGCCAGGUGCUGCUGUCCUACGCUUUGGGUCAGGAGGUGACCCGGGACGGGCGAAGCGAGUUUGCCUGCUCCAAGUGCACCUUCAUGCUGGACCGGAUGUACCGCUUUGACACGGUGAUCGCCCGCGUGGAGGCGCUGUCUCUGGACUGUCUCCACCGGCUGCUGCUGGAGAAAGACCAGCUGAGACAGUGCAUCAGCACCCUGUACCGCAAGAACAACGCCAAGGAUGGGAGUGGAGCUCCGGCAGGUUCUGGUGUUGGACCCGGGCCAGAGUUGGGUUCUGAAGACCUGCCUGUGAUGGAUUUCCCAACCCUGCAGUACGUGAGGUACUCAGACAUGAUCCAGGAUGACCUUGCUUACUCUGUGUAUGAAUCCUGGGCUGAGAAGGAUGCUUCCCUGGAUCAGCACCUCCACCCCUGCUCAGGAUCGGACUCCUUGUCUGGACAGAGGCCCAGGCGCUGCCGGGGCUGCGCGGUGCUCCGUGUAGUGGAUUCGGACUACGAGGCGGUAUGUAAGGUUCCUCGCAGGGUCAGCCGUAGGAGCACGUCCUGUGGACCGCCCACCAGCUACUCUUCUGAUGCUCUUCUGGUGGAGGACACCGCCAGAACCUCUGGACACUCCGAGGCAGUGGCGGUUUCCUUUGAGUCCUCGUUGAACAGGUCUAGUCCCAGUUCUGCUUCAUCUGUGGAAUCGUUGGGCACGGCAGUGGAUGUGGGUUUCAUUCCUGUUAACCACAAAGAGACAGCAGAGGACAAAGCUCCUGGGCAAAGAGAGGAAGAAGGUCUGUGGGACAAACACCUCAGCGAGACGUCCUUCUCUGGACUCAAGCUGCUGGGCCUCCUGGCGGGCUGGGAGUACCAACCCGUCAAAGCCUGCAAGGGCAGCAAACUUCCAGUUCUGGUCAAAUCUAAGCUGGAGGCGGAGCUGUCGUUGCCUCUCACCGUCUCACGGAGCUCACCCUGUGGGGGGACAGUGGACUGUGAGCUGGACACCCAACUGCCCGUCCCCAUGUUGAUGACCUCCUGUCCUCAGGGGGCACUGCAGGCUGAGCUGGCAGAGAUGGAGGAGCAUUGGUUGGAUGAUUAUGUUCAGUGUGGACCCUUUCGCUUUCAGCAGAGGCUGAUUGAGGAGCAGCGAGGUCGUCUGGGUCAGUACGAGGCCGCCGCCGGUCAGUGUGUGAGUGAGCUCCAUCAAGCCCAGGACCAGGUCCAUUCCCUGCAGGCCAAGAUCCGACAGAGCGAGACCAGGAACCAGAUGCUGCAGCGGCAUCUAGCCGACAUGGAGCCGGAGCUACGUUCAGCCCGAGAAGAAGCUCAACAGCAGGAAAGCAACGUCCAGAACAUCAGCGACUCCCUCAGAUCCAAGGAGGCAGAGGUUGUGGAGCUGCUCCGGGUGAUUGACGAGCAGAAUAAGAUGCUGUGUUCUCUCAAAGAGCUCGCCAACCGCACUCAGGUUUCGGGGUCAGAGGGCGUCCGAGGUCAGGGUGAGGUUCUGGCUCUGCAGGCUUCUCUCUUCCAGGCCCAGCUGGAGCUGCAGGCCAACCAGCGGGCUCAGCGGCAGGCGGCCCGGACUCAGGAGGACCAGAGCAGGGCCGUGCAGCGACUGGAAACAGAUCUGCAGGGGGCGCUGCAGCACAGACGAGAGACGGAGAGACACAACCAAGAGCUGCAGUCAGCGCUGCAGGAAGCUCGCUCGGCCCUGCAGGAGAGAGAGGAGCAGCUGAGCGAGAGGGACCGAGUCAGCCAGGCGGAGAAGGAGGACAGCGAGAGGACGGCCAGAGAGCUGAGGACCUCACUGCAGACAAAGGAGCGGCUGCUGCAGGAUUGCUGUGAGCUGUUAGAGCAGCAUCAGAAUCCACACGAGAAGAGAGACUCUCUGCUUCAGAAACUCCGCCAGCGCAUCAGAGAGCGGGACAGAACUCUGGAGCGAGCGGUGGACGAGAAGUUCCGCUGCAUGGAGGAGAAAGAGGAGGAGACACGUGGACUGCAGCUGCUCCUCAGAGAGAAGGAGCGAGACCUGGAGAGGCAGCGCUGCGUCCUAAACAACAACGAUGAGACCAUCUCGAGUCUGGAGGUGUUACUUCGUGGUAAAACGCUGGAGCUGGAACAGGUGGGCGGAGCCUACAAAAGCAUCCAGCAGCAGCAGCAGGAGAGCGAGCGGCGGCAGAGUCACAUCCUCAGAGAGAGGGAUGCCGUCAUCAGCCAGCUGCAGGGGGCGCUGCACGCUUGCACCCAAGAGGCUGAGGACCUGCGCUCCUCUCUGUUGGCUCAGAUUCAGUCAGUUCCCAGCAACAUUCUGGAGGAGCUGAAGGUUCGUUUACAGCUCAAAGACCACCUCUUUCAGGAAGUGCUGGCCGACCGGACACGCCAGACCCAGGAGCACCAGGAGCAGGUCCAGGAUCUGCUCCACACCAUCAGCUCCAGGGACCAGUAUGUCCAGGAGGCAGUGAGCCGUUUUGGCGAGCUGAUGGCCGAGCAGGCGACGAGGCUGCAGGAGCUCCGCAGGCAGCUGAACUGCGGCGUGCAGGCGUCAGAGCUCCAGGCUUUGCAGGAUGAGCUGCGUCUGGCUCUGAAGAGACAAAAGGAGAGCGAGGACCAGAGCACGAGUCAGGCUGCCCAGCUGGACUCACUGAUCAGGACACUGCACGGGAAGGAUGACAUCAUCAGGGGCUUCCAGAGUCAGACAGCAGAUCCUUCUGACCUCCUGGCCCAGAGGAUCCAUGACUUGAGAGAAAACGUGGACCAGCAGGUGGCUCCACCAUCCAGAGACCCCGCCCUCCAAGAUGGUCCAGAUACCGGACUGUCUGAGUUUGGAGAACUGAGCUCAGAGGUUGAAGAUGAGGCCGGUGCUGCUGCUGAUGAUGUGAUCAGUGAGUACAGUACAAGCAUCGAUGAAGACGAGUCCAAGCUGAGCAUGCGGGCGCUGAUGAAGUCCAAAGUUCUGGGAGGAGCAGGAACGCAGUUGCAGUACCAGAACCUGAGAUUUGACGGUCCGGUGCUGACGGAGGUCAAACAGCUGGUGGAUCAGAAGAGGGCGGUGGACAGAGAGCUUUCUGAGCUCAGAGCUCAGCUGGAGAAGGCUGGUUUCUCCUCGCUGUCGCAGAUGAGAAAAGCUCUCUUCACCCUGCAAGCAGAGAACGAUGAUUUAAAGCAUCAGCUGAGUGAACAAAGCCGCCAUGACGCUGUUAAUGAUGAACAAAAAGCUUUGACAAGAGAAGAGGAGGAGUUAAAUGACAUCAUAGAGGGAACAAAGCAGGAUGACGACACUGAACUGUGGCAGAUCCGGAGAGAUGACCACUGCCAGAAGAACAUCCGGAUCACUGAGGCCCAGUGGAAAAACAAAACCUCCAGGACCGACUCAUUGCACCUCGCCAACCAUUCACAGGAUGCUGGUCUGGGUAUCGAGCCCGCGGAGCAUCUGCAACGGAACAAAGAGCUUCAGGAGCGUCUGAUGGUGUCUGAGGCCACGGUGCAGUUUCAGACCCAGCAGCUCAAAGACUACAGAGAACUCCUCACAGAGAUGACGGUGAGACGGGACAACAAGCAGAUCCAGGUGGACCUGCAGGACCUGGGCUAUGAGACUUGUGGCCGCAGUGAGAAUGAGGCUGAGAGGGAAGACACGAGCAGUCCAGAGUUUGACGACCUGGAGAUGUGCACAUCUCUGGACUGUGGCUCUCAGUGGUGGCCGUCCAGCAGCAGCGCCGUCUCCAAGACCCAGAGUCCUGCAUACGGGGACGAGGUCUCGUCUCUGCGGCGCCUUGUGGAGGACCUUCGAGCUCAGCUGUCCCGCUCUCAGGGCGCAAUCCGCCGGCUGCAGAGCUGCCAGAACAACAUGUCAACCUCCGCCAAGUACGAACCCCCCGCACCCCGUAAGGUCAACUGGUCCUUCCAGGUUUCACCAUCUCACAGCGGGGCAGAGGACGAUGAGGGCUGGCAGUCGUCUGACGGAGGUCCACUUCCUUCACCGUACCACUCUGUGCCAGACAAAGACCUCCAGGAGCUGGUGUCCCGUGUGGACGCACUGGAGGACCACCUGAGGAAAAGCAGCAGCAAAAUGUCUCUGAAGGAGGACGGAAAGUCUGCUGGUUGGUCCCGUAAAUUCGACAGGCUGAUCCAGGCUCAGGCCAGAGAGCUGUCCAACCUCCGUCAGUGGCUGCAGGAGGGGCGCGGCGUCUGUCACAUCCUCACCCAGCACCUGGGGGACACCACCAAGGCCUUCGAAGACCUGCUGAGGGCCAACGACAUUGACUACUACAUGGGCCAGAGCUUCAGGGAGCAGCUGGAGCAGGGCAGCUCCCUGGCACAGCGCGUCAGCGCCAAGAUCAGCGGACGAGACCAUCCAGAGAAUCCAGAAGAUAAGACGGAGCUGCUCGCCAUCUGGCUCAGUAAGGAGCUUCAGCAGAAGGAUAAGGUCAUCGAGUCUCUCCGCGCCAAGCUCAACCAGCAUGAUGAUCCUCAUCGCUCUGACACCCCUUGCAGUAGCCACGCCUUCUCCGCGAUCACUGACCAAUCAGAUCGCAUUUCCUAUGUAUCAGAUGAGCAGGGAUCCACAAAUGAGAACCUGGAGCUUUGCUCUGAUGUGGACGGUGCCAGUGAACUCGGUCAGGAGGAAACUCGACUUUCUGCCAGGGUUAGCACAGAUUGCCACGCCCACUGUGGAACUGCGUCAUGCCAUGCGUCCGUCCCUCCGUCCAUCGCCUCGUCCCGCAGAAGCCAUUCCUGCUUCAGCUGUCCCAGCAUGCAUUGCUGCUCACACAGACAUGCAGAUGUGCAGAGUCACACAGGAUUUUUAGCUCCGCAGUCCAAACCUCUUCCAGGUGUCCUGACGUCGGCCCACCAACACUCCGGCUCCUCCGUCUUCCUGCCUCUGUCCUGUCAUGGAUUCCAACCUUCUCCCUUCAGCACCGGCAACUUGGACGCAGCCUCAGCCAUGAAGAGUGGAGCCAACCUGCUGGACAGCAGUGCACUGCGGGAUAUGACCUAUGGUCCCCGAGCAGCAAGCAUUCGUGCUGACGUGUCGUCAGGAUCAUCAGGGUACCAGUCAGGCCCAAGUCACACGGGUUCUGACCUCAUGAAGGAGCAUCUGAGAGAGAUCAGGAGUCUGAGGCAGAGACUGGAGGACUCGAUCCAGACCAACGACCGCCUCCGGCAGCAGCUGGAAGACAAACUGGCUCACAGAGACAAAGCAGGUGCUCCUACCAACAUCUACAUCCAGGGUCUAGACUCAGCCAGUCAGCUCUCCAGUGAGGUCAGGAUUUUGAAGGAGGAGAAUGUCAGUCUGCAGAACCAGCUGACCCAGGCCACCAAAGGGGGCAGUAAGGAGGUGGAACAGCUUCAGGAGAUGGCCAUCCUGGAGCAGGCCAGACUGAAGGAGGCGGAGCUAGAGACAGAGAAGUGGGCGGAGCAAAGCAGGCAGAUGCAGGCUGAGGCUGAGGCUCACAGCCAGGAGAUCUCACAACUAAAACAGGAGAGAGAGCGAAACCGAGAAACCAUCAACAGGCUGCAGUCUGACCUCGGUGUUGUCCAGCAGCAGCUGUCAGACAGUCGCAGUCUGGUUCAGUCUCUUCAGGGUCAGGCUGCCAACAGCACUGUGACCUUUGACCCCAGAGCACAGCACAGUCAGCUGGAGCAGCAGCUGAUGAGACGGAAUGAUGCAUCGCCUCAGGCCAGGAGGCAGCUUUUCAUUGACAACGUUCCCUCUCCGCCUGUCAAGGACACCGGAUUCAUCCGUCCUUGUCUUCCAGUCUGUCCCGAGAAGCAACACGGUGAAGAGACCAAAGCUGACAAUCAGACAUCCUCGGCGCCGCAGGGUCAAGCCCCAGACGCCUCAUGUCCCAGCAGUCGCGGUCGCCACAUGGUGGGACUCCUGGAUGACUUCAAGGCUCUACAGCAGCAGAUCCUUGAUGGCAGCACUCUACUCCAAAACAUGGAGACCAGCCUGAAGUCCUGGACCGGACCGGACCUGCAGGAGCGCAGCCAUCAUCAGGUUUUAGAUUCUGUCACAAAGUUCCUCGAUGACACUAAAACUUUGCGGGACCUCCUGGAGGAGGCCGACUCUCUGCUCCGGAUGUUCUGGAGAACGGAUGGACCUGACACUGAAGAAACCAAGCAGGAUCAGCGUCUGAGGGACGAGAUCACGUCCCUGCGCCUGAGGCUUUCUGAGCGAGACCGGGCUCUAAGGGACACCGUGGAGAGAGUGAAGAGCGCCAACCGCACCAAAGACAGCAUGGAGCACUUUAUUGUCAGCCAACUGUCCAGAACUCGAGAUGUCCUGCAGAAGGCCAAGACAAACUUAGAGGAGAACAAGCUCAGGAUCUCCUCCUUUCACCGUGCCUCCUUUGCCCUUCCUCCUCCCUUUUUAUCCUCCUUGUCCUCUCGCCCUUGGCUUAAUAAAGGUGAAGACACAGCAUGCUGCUGUAAGAUCUCCUUCCCUCCUGGUUGGGAUGUCCUGAGGCCUCACACCUCCUCUUCUUCAUCGUCUCUUCUUCCUGGAGCAGUGCUCCACCAGCGCACCCUACAGGCAGCCACGCAGUAGCGCACCAGCCUCUGAUUCUUCUCAGGAGUUAACGUGUCUUCCUGUCCUGUUGGAAAAAGUGGAAACCCUUCUGGUUCUGGUUCUGGUUCUGCAUUCAGAUGCAGAAACAUGACAGCUGAGUGACUUUUGUCGACAUGUUUGUUUGUUGAUGAUUACCUUCUCUUACGUCUGGACUCUACGUACGCAACAGGACCGUUUUGUUUUCUUCACUGUUUUAAUAUCACACCUCAAAACCCAAACCUUCUGCCUUUUAAGAAAAGUUGAGGUUCACAGUUUAAUGUCUCCAGCGUGCUGGCGGUCGUGCCACUGAGCGGUCACGUGCACAUUAACAGCAGCAUCUUGACAAAAGUAAGCACAUGGUAACUUUUCUUUUUUGGUUCUGAAGUUCUGGUGGAACAUGGUGCCACACAGUGAACUGAUCUGUGACACGGGACCAUUUCUCAUACUGAUGUUUCCAUCUGGUGGUGGUUGGCUGUAAUUGCAAAUAUUUAGAAACUUUCAGCAGAUGUAGAAGUGGAUUCUACAUCUGGUCUUCUAAUAACUAAACAAAACAAAACAAAACAGUGUCUAUGAGUUAGGAGCUGAAAUUCUGAUUCUGACUUCAAAUUUUAGCAGGAAUUAGAAAUGAAGCUCCAGUGAGGGUCAGGAGGACAGGCUUCAGAAAAGCCAGAAAUUCAGAGUGCUUAACCUUCGGUGCUGGUGAGAUGAGCCCGGUUCAUAUCUCAAAUAGAAUAGCUGCAUGUGGAAACAAAGCCAUAAUCUCUCUUAGUGCUGUAGACAUGUUUUACUUUGAUCCUGCAUAUAUUUAAUGACCAACUACUGAUAUAAAGCUGACAGCUGGGACAGUUUGGUUUGUUUCACUCUAAUAGAUGUUUAAAAGUAGAAAACUGUAUCGUAGCCACAGAAAUCAAAAGGUUCUGUGGCGUCUUACUGAGGCAGUGUUACACAUUUACACUUCAAUUUUUGCUUUUGGCCGACCCCGCUCACUCACCACAGUGCACCCUGUCUGAAUCUGCAUCCAGUAUUUGGCACAAGUUUUAUGCCACAAACUCAUCCACGGAUCUCCAACGUGCUCACCGGUCCUGGUGCACCCAUGUAGUCUCCCAGUCAGGUACUCUUCAGGAGCUUCGUUCUGAGGUCAGACGGGUUUGGGCAUGCAGAGUGGUAGUGACGACAAAACGAGGCCUCAUGAAGCAUUUGAAGAUUUUUCUAAGACCACUAGAUGGCAGUGUUUAUUCAAAAAAUUGUUCUAAGGGAACUGAAGUUCAUUGUGCUUUGAAUUCUUUUUUUGAACAGACAAAUGCUUCACGAGGCCUCGUUUUGCCAUCAGUACAGAGCAGCACAGUGGUGACACCUUGUGGUUUAGUUUGUACGGUGACUUUAAUUAUAAAGUGGGGUAAAAAAAUGUUUGUGUAGUGAUGCCGACAUAACCCUUGAACCACAAGUAAAACUCGUGACAAUAUGACAGUCUUACUCUGCAUUACAGUAGCUUUCUUGGGAACUAUACAGUCAGCAAUGCCAUAAAAAAUUUUGCUUUUAUUUGCUUUUUUUUUUUUUUUUGGUCAAAUUUUGCCGGUGACACACUGAUGAGAACAGAUUUCACGAUAAAUUGAUCAGAAAUGAUUGAUAACAUGAUGGUUCUGCACAGCUGAGUCUCCACAUUUCGCUCUGUUCAUAGUAUUUCGCUGAGUGGGCGGUUCAGUCUUCUGUCAGUCACUUGCUAGAUGACCUGUCAACAUUCAGCCAAUCAACUUGCCAUAUCAGAUUCUGCACCCGCAACCC